AUGUUGUUUUUCCCUCCAGAUUCACCGAGCCUCACUCCUCCGCUAGAAGGAGGAGGAGGAGGAGGUCAGCGGGCAGAGGGAGGACAGGGAGACCAGCCACUCGUCCGGGAGCUGUGGUUCAUGGUAGUGAUGGCAGCCAUCGCCCUGCUGCUCCUGGCCAUCCUGCUAGCUGUCAUGCUCACUAAGGCCCUGAACAAACCCCCCUUCACCAGAGAGAGACCCCCGCUGGUGGCCCUGCCCAUGAAGAAGAGGAGCCCCAUGGCUGUUUAUCCAGCCAGCAACUCUGUUUUGUUUGACACUGUGCAUGACACAACAGGCAUCUCCAACAGUGUAACACUCAAGGGCUUCACCAUGAAGAUAGAGGAAGUGUUUGAAGCUAAAUGUGAGCCCAUUGAUGAGGUAUGUGAGCCCAUUGAUGAGGUCCCACCACAGGGUGAGCUGGGGAUCCUGAGUGUGAACGCCCUGAGGCGCAGCGUCAGCCAGAUGAUGGACGGGAAGUCCCUUGCGGGAGACAACGAAGCGUGGGACCCAAACAUUUCAGGCCAUGACAGUGGGAUGUUUAUGGACGAUGAGGAAUUUGUCGACACCGUCAAAGGUUUCAGCACAGUGAGGAAGGAGCACACCAUGUUCACUGACACCAACCUGUGA